CUCUGAAUAAUAUCUUUUCUGCCUGUGCUGUUGUCAACCUUGGUGCAAUUUGAAACCUAAGAACAAUUGAUUUGAAUCGAUCUAUGAAACUCGGUCAUUUCUAUCCUAGCGAUCACUCAGAAAAACGCAUUCACAAUUGAUGGUUAGAUCUGUCGACACCCCACGAAACAAACCCUGAGCGCCAACGGGACCCGCCGGACUUGGCCACUGUUUACAACCCAUCUCACACUCGCUCACCUACGCAAGGCGUUCAUCCUAUCGACACGUACGAACAAAUUGUGUACACCUCAAUAGCCAUGGCCUCAUCAUCAACACCUCCGACACCUCUUCUCUAUUCGUGCAUCGCGCACAACAGCACAAUCCUCACCGAGUGCACAACGUCAGCAUCUUCACAGACAUCAUCGCUUGCGUCCCUAGUCCUGCCGAAAAUCACACACACUUCGCCGCAGAAACUCACGUACACACACGGCGCCCACCACAUACACUACAUCGCCGAGGCGCCCUCGGACCAUGGCCCCCACGCCGCCAGCGCGGGCGGCCUGACCUUCUUGGUCAUUGCCGACUCCUCAGUGGGCCGCAGCGUACCAUUUGGCUACCUGUUUGAGAUCCGACGACGAUUCCUUGAGGAGUACCCGCCUGGCUCGACCGACUUUGCCGACCAGCCCAACUACGGCGCCGCCAGCUUCAACGGCGAGCUGCGUCGGCUGAUGGUUGAGAUUGGGAGCACGCGCCAGGGCAGAGAUGACGCCGUACAGAAUGCCCAGCGUGAGAUCGACGACGUCCGGGGCAUCAUGACGCGCAACAUUGAGGGUCUGCUCGAGCGCGGCGAACGUAUCGACCUGCUGGUCGACAAGACGGACCGGCUCGGCGGCUCGGCUCGCGAAUUCCGCGUGCGUAGCCGUGGACUCAAGCGUCAAAUGUGGUGGAAAAACGUCAAACUCAUGGGAUUGCUUGGUCUCGUCAUGUUUUUGAUAUUGUUGACCAUCAUUAUCGCAGUAAAAAACUCAUGAGAUCAGAAGUCUUGCGUCAAGACGAUAGCAACUUCUGUUCUUUUUCUUCACCGGGGUUUUCAGUGUUAUCACCAUUUGUAUUUGUGAAGGCGCGCGCGACUCAUUGACCACCAACUUCUACGCAUUUCAUUUGUCCUAGGGCUUGAUACAUAGCCAACGAGCAUGUUGAGAUAACAGUACAGUGCUCGUUUGGUAUUAUCUUUUGAAUGUUGAUAUCCGAUCUGUUUCACCCUGCGGCUUCUAUGGAGCGCACUGGUUUUCCUUCAUUGGCUUUCUGGUUUCCCUUUCUAUUUCAUCAUUAGGGUUGUUGAAGACGUUUCUCUCGUGUCAUGUGUAUUUACAAACCUGGGUGCAGCCCAGUUGGGUAGGUAAUUAUUGCGUCCAAAAAUGCCACGUGAAGAUUUAUUGAUGGCUUUCCC